AGAGAACAAGAGAGCAACAAGAGAGCUGCCAUAUAGAAUAGCAGCACAUGAUGUCAGUAGUGAAGUAUAAGAAUUAAGUGGAAAAUAUUAUUGUCCACCUCACUAGUAUGUAUGAUCUCAAACCUUGACUUGAUGUGUGUGGAUUGAAGAGAAAUGCAAAGGUGCAAAUGCUCCAAGAAUACAUACUGAGACCAACCAUUCAUGGCCAAAAUACUUGGGAACUUGUUGACAGAGUAGCGCCGGUGACCAGGAAUAACCAUUCCUGACAGGAAUAACCAUGGGAUGUGGCGUCGCAAAGUCGAACAAGUUCCAUACAAAAAAGGGGGGAAAAGCCAUCACAUCGAUGAAGGCAGCUGUGUUGAUCCAGCGCUGGUACCGUCAGUAUGUGGCUCGUAUGGAGAUGAGACGCAGAUACACCUGGAACAUCUUCCAGUCUAUAGAAUACUCUGGGGAGCAGGCCCAGAUCAAACUUUACAAUUUCCUUGGCUACCUCAUGGACAACUUCAACCCAACUAGCACUGAACGCAACUUAAUCUCCCACAUAUUCAGAGAGAAUGAAGUGUGCCGCGAUACAGAGUGGGAGAGGCACUUCUGCUAUAAGAAUAUUGAGGUGCCAGAGAUCUACUCAGGUCCCCGUCUCAUCUUCCCUCUGACUGUGGAACAAGUGGCUGCUAUGGUAGAGGCCUUCAGGAAUAAAAGACAGCUCCACUCUCGGUACGUUCUCCAACUUCUCCUGGAAACAUGGAAGUUACUCCGAAAGCUGCCAAACAUCAGUCGAAUCUCCACCUGUCACAGCAAAGAAAUCACCGUUUGUGGUGAUUUACAUGGGCAGCUUGAAGACCUGCUGUUGAUAUUUUACAAGAAUGGCAUGCCAUCAUUGGAUCGGCCAUAUGUUUUCAAUGGAGACUUUGUUGAUCGAGGCAAAGAUUCCAUUGAGAUUCUCCUCAUCCUUUUUGCUUUCCUGCUCGUGUAUCCAAACGAUGUUCACCUCAACAGGGGAAACCAUGAAGACCAUAUUGUCAACUUGAGGUAUGGCUUCACCAAGGAGGUGUUGGGGAAAUACAAGGCAGGUUUCAUUUUAGAAAAGUUAAAUAAAGUUACAGCGAGAAUUAUAAUUGUAGUUAAUUUCCCUUGUCCUCAGAUGCACGGCAAGAGGAUCCUGAAGCUGCUUCAGAAGAUCUUCAGCUGGUUGCCCCUGGCAACAGUUAUCGAUCAGAAAGUGUUGAUCCUGCAUGGGGGCAUCUCCAACACCACUGACCUCUGCCUCAUAGCCAGAGUGGACAGACACAAAUACGUGUCAGCCCUGAGGCCUCCUAAGAAGAGGACACAAUACCCAGUGAGUCAGACCUCUGUGGACUUGGACAUGGAAGACGACCUGUCAGGCACCAAGAACAACCAGCGCCGGGUCUCCCUGAUCAAGGCCAACUCCUUCGGACCCCGGGAUGGCUUCCAGCGCCGCUCACUCCAGGACUUUUCCGGCAGGGUCCCCCGGACCGUUGACGAGGAGAUAGAGGUGCGGCGGAGGCAGUCCGGCUUCAUCAAGGGCGGCUUCAGCCACAGUCAGGGGGAACUCAAUAACCUGGCCGUCUCCUCAGCGUCGCAGGAAUCCACCGACACAGCAGACACUACCGUAGAGGAGUGGAAACAGAUUCUGGACCUACUGUGGAGUGACCCCAUGUCUCAGAACGGCUGCAUACCCAACGAGGUGCGGGGAGGAGGCUGCUACUGGGGGCCAGACGUCACCCAGGACUUCCUGGACAGACACAACAUGCAGCUCAUCAUCCGCUCCCACGAGUGCAAGCAGGAUGGCUAUGAGUUUUGCCACAACCGCAGGGUCCUCACCCUGUUCUCUGCCUCCAACUACUAUGAAGUGGGCAGCAACAGAGGGGCCUACGUGAAAUUGGGACCAGACCUAGUGCCUUAUUUGAUUCAGUACCAGGCUAGCAGUAUGACUCGAGAACUCACCCUCAGGAAAAAUGUGGGGAAGGUGGAACAUUCAGCCCUCAAGGUCCUGCGGGAACAGCUGUUUGCACACAAGUCUGACCUCGUCAGUGCCUUCCAAGAGUUUGAUAAAGACAAAACAGGGCAGGUGUCUCUGAAUGACUGGGCUACGGCGGUAGAGAGUGUGCUGCGUCUAGGCCUACCCUGGAGGAUGCUGCGCUUUCAGCUGGCCACCUGCAAGACCCCGGGGGGCAUGUUGGACUACCAGGAGUGGUUCCAGGAACUUUCCAUAAAAGAGCCACAAAUGGAGCACAUCGAUCAGGGUUUGCUGGAGACCCUGUACCGCCAUCGCGCCACCUUGGAGACCAUCUUCAGAAUAGUGGAUUUAGACAACUCAGGGUUCAUCACAAUGGAGGACUUCCGUCAGACGUGGAAGCUGCUGAGUGCCUUCUUAAAGAUGGAGAUCACUGAUGAGGCUAUCUCGGACCUGUCCGUCACCAUAGACACCAACCAGGAUGGCAACAUUGACAUCGAUGAGUUCAUGGAGGCCUUCCGGCUGACAGACAAGAAAAGCCGGCUGGAGAGGGGAAAGAGCAUGUUUAUGGGGACCACCACUGACCUGACCAAACUAGAGGGGGACCCCAAUAUAUGAGGGAUUAGUUGGACUGGAGGGGGAGCCCAAUAUAUGAGGGAUUAGUUGGACUGGAGGGGGAGCCCAAUAUAUGAGGGAUUAGUGGGACUGGAGGGGAAGCCCAAUAUAUGAGGGAUUAGUGGGACUGGAGGGGAAGC